GCGGCGUGCGGUCGCGGUUCCUCUCCGCGGGAGGCUGCGGCGACGCGCGGGUCCGGGGGUGGGAACGUGGCGGAACUCCGGGCGCUGCGGCAGGGGCGACAGAGCGCCAUGACGGCCGCCGUGGCUACGGCAGCGGGUGUCCGCGCCGCGGCGAGGUGAGAGGACGCCUCUUUUCCACAACUGAGGAGGCCACGGCUGCCCGCCCGCCUGCAUUCCACGCGGGCCGCGGCUGCAGCAUGGCCGGGAUCAUUAAGAAGCAGAUCUUGAAGCAUCUGUCCAGGUUCACUAAGAAUCUUUCCCCGGACAAAAUCAACUUGAGUACUCUGAAAGGGGAGGGUCAGCUGACCCAUCUGGAGCUGGACGAAGAGGUUCUGCAGAAUGUGCUGGAGCUUCCUACCUGGCUGGCCAUCACCAGGGUCUACUGCAACAGGGCCUCUAUCCGGAUCCAGUGGACCAAGUUGAAGACACAUCCAAUCUGCUUGUGUCUGGAUAAGGUGGAGGUGGAGAUGGAAACCUGUGAGGACCCUCGCCCCCCCAAUGGCCAGUCUCCCAUCGCCCUUGCUUCAGGACAGAGUGAGUACGGCUUUGCUGAGAAGGUGGUGGAGGGGAUGUUCAUCAUGGUCAAUUCCAUCACCAUCAAGAUCCACUCCAAGGCCUUCCAUGCUUCCUUUGAACUGUGGCAGCUCCAAGGUUAUAGUGUCAACCCCAACUGGCAGCAGAGUGACCUGCGUCUGACCCGUAUCACUGAUCCCCGCCGAGGAGAGGUUUUAACAUUUAAGGAAAUAACUUGGCAGACACUCCGAGUUGAGGCAGACGCCACAGAAAAUGGUGAUCAGGACCCGGUUAGCACUCCGCUGAGGCUCAUUACCAACCAAGGCCGGAUCCAGAUAGCCCUCAAGAGAAGAACUAAAGACUGCAACGUGGUCGCCUCCAAGCUAACCUUCCUGCUGGACGACCUGCUCUGGGUGCUGACUGACUCACAGCUCAAGGCGAUGAUGAAGUAUGCCGAGUCGCUGAGUGCGGCCAUGGAGAAGUCGGCCCAGCAGAGAAAGAGCCUGGCUCCUGAGCCUGUGCAGAUCACUCCACCCGCUCCCAGUGCCCAGCAGACCUGGGCCCAGGCAUUCAGUGGCAGCCAGGGCAGCAGCAGCAGCAGUCGCCUCAGCCAGUAUUUUGAGAAGUUUGAUGUGAAGGAGUCUUCCUACCACCUCCUCAUCUCCCGCCUGGACCUGCACAUCUGUGAUGACAGCCAGUCUCGAGAGCCAGGUGUCUCCGCAAACAGACUUACGGGUGGUGCCAUGCAGCUGACCUUCCGCAAGAUGGCGUUUGACUAUUACCCCUUCCACAGGGCAGGUGACAGCUGCAAACACUGGGUGCGGCACUGUGAGGCCAUGGAGACCCGAGGCCACUGGGCCCAACAGCUGGUGACAGAGUUUCAGAGUCGGGUGGAGAAGCUGUAUGAGGAGAGCAGUGUGAAGCCACCGUGGCAGCUGGGGGUAGACCCCCCCUUCCGGAGGAAAGCAGAUUCUUUCUCUGGUCCUGGAAAGGUCCCUCUUGACAAAAGCCCUACCCAGGGCCGGCAGGCUGCCUGUGGGUCUCCAGCAUGGAAUCGCUUACGCUCUAGCUGCUUGGUUGUACGAGUAGAUGACCUGGACAUCCACCAGGUGUCCACAGCUGGACAGCCAAGUAAGAAGCCGUCCACUCUGCUCUCCUGCAGCCGCAAACGCCACCGCCUUCCGGCUCAGGUGGCUGCCAUCCACGUACAGUUCACCGAGUAUUACUUCCCAGAUAAUCAGGAGCUUCCGGUGCCCUGUCCCAAUCUCUACAUCCAGUUAAAUGGGCUGACGUUCACUGUGGAUCCGGUCAGCUUGCUGUGGGGAAACCUCUUUUGCCUAGACUUAUACCGAAGCUUGGAGCAGUUCAAAGCCAUCUAUAAGCUGGAAGAUGCCAGGGGGAAGGAUGAGCAUCUGGACAUCCGACUGGAUGCGUUCUGGUUGAAGGUGAGCUUCCCACUGGAGACCAGAGAGCUGGCGAAGCCGCAUCGUCCCCAGGCGCUGGUCUUCUCCACGGCAGGCAUGGUUGCCACCAACACCCGGCAUGCCCCAAACUGUGGUUGUCCAGACCUCCAGAGUCUCUUCCGGGGUUUUGCUGCCACGGAGUUCUUUCGUUCUAGCUAUGGUCACUUUCCCAAGGUCCCAGGGGGCUUCAGCCUUCUUCACAUGCUCUUCCUGCAUCACGCUUUCCAGAUGGAUUCCCUUCCAGCUCAACCUAGCUCCCUCCCUCCUCAGAGGCCAGCGGCAUCCCAGGAUCUUUGGUCCCUGCAUUUCACCCAGAUCUCCUUGGACUUUGAAGGCACAGAACACGUCAAAGGCCAUACCUUGAAUUUUGUGGCGCCCUUCCCUUUGUCCAUUUGGGCCUGCCUUCCUCUCCGCUGGCAGCAAGCCCAGGCACAGCGACUCCUUUUGGCCUCAGAGGGGAGGCUAAAACCGUCAGCCAGCUUUGGCAGUCCUGUGCGCUCUGAAGCUCUUGCCCCUGAGUCUGUGUCUCAUCAGAGGUCAAAGACCGAACGAGAUUUGAAGAGCCUCUCAGGCUCUAUAGAAGUCCCAGAGGUUAUGAGGGAAGGUGAUGCUGGUGUGGACCAUAAAGGGCAUGUGGCAGAACUGGAGGACGUGGCAGAUGUUCACAUGCUUGUACACUCCACUGCCCACAUCAGAGUGAGGCUCGACCACUACCAGUACCUGGCCCUGCUGCGCCUCAAGGAGGUGCUUCAGGGCCUUCAGGAGCAGCUGACCAAGGAUACAGAGGCCAUGACUGGGCCUCCCUUGCGGGAGCAGACAGUGUGCAUCGGAGUUCUCUUCCCUAGCGCUGAGGUGGCUCUCCUGAUGCAUCCUGCCCCUGGGACUGCACACGCUGACUCUGCAGGCUCAGACACCACCAGCCUCAUAGACUCAGAGCUGUCGCCGUCAGAUGACCGGGAGCCGAAGUCUGAUGCCUCCUCAGACCAGGGCCCAGUAAGCCCCGAGAAGGACCUGAGGGACAGCAGUGCUGAAAAUCUGACUGUGUCCCAGGAGAGGCUGCACAGUGACGGAGAGCUACAGACCUCGACUCCACUUGUACAGCAGCCAGCAGGGAAGGGCCAUGAGGCAGUCGAGUCUCUACAGGCCAAGAGGCUGAGCAGAGCUCAGACCGCCAGCUCACCGGCUGCGUUGAAGUUGCCAGCGGACAGGGAGGCUGCUCUGAACGGACAAGGCGAGCCUGUACCCUUGAGGAACAUCGAGGGGGAACUGUCCAGUGCUCUUCACAUGACCAAGGAUGCCACCAAAGAGGCUCUCCACGCUACCGUGGACCUCACCAAGGAGGCUGUGUCCCUGACUAGGGAUGCCUUCAGUCUGGGGAGAGAUCGAAUGACCUCUACCAUGCACAAGAUGUUGUCCUUGCCUCCUGCCAAGGAGGCCAUGGCCAAGUCAGAUGAGGGGGUGGUGGCCCCAGUGAGUGGAGGUGCUGCCCGACUCCGGUUUUUCUCCAUGAAAAGGACAGUCUCUCAGCAGUCAUUCGAUGGUGUCUCAUUGGACAGCGGUGGCCCCGAAGACCGGAUUUCGGUGGACAGCGAUGGCAGUGACAGCUUUGUGAUGCUCUUGGAGUCUGAGUCUGGUCCAGAGUCUGUUCCACUGGGAUCUAUGACAAGCGUCUUGGAUGAUAGUGGCAUUCAGGGGAGCCCUGGUAUGGAUAGUGGUGGCCAGGGGUUGCCAGAGACCAGCAGUUCAGCGUCAGCCAGCGGGGACCUUGGCCUGCACUCGGUGUCAGCUCUGGUCCUGAAGGUGAAUGGAGUAUCACUUGGGAUUGAGGUUCGUGGUGAGGACCUGACCGUAGCCUUGCAAGCAGAGGAGCUAGCCCUGCAGCAGCUGGGCACCGUGGGACUCUGGCAGUUUCUACAUGGACGGUGCCCAGGUUCAAGCUUUCAAGAACCCUCAAAUCUGAAGACUGACCCCAUCAGGCCUGCUGUGGGUCUGCGCUUUGAGGUGGGGCCUGGUGCAGCUGUUCAUUCCCCGCUGGCCACACAAAAUGGCUUCCUGGGGUUCUUACUUCGGGGCUGUGACCUGGAGCUGUUCACCUCCGUGCUCAACGGUCUGGGGCCUUUCUUAGAAGAUGAGGACACCCCGGUGGUCGUCCCCAUGCAGAUUGAGCUCCAGGACUGCAGUGUCACUCUCAAGGAUGAUAUCCCUCCAGUCUAUCCAACGUCCCCUGGCCCUGUCCCCAUCACUUUGGCAAUGGAGCAUCUUGUGCUGAAGCGAGGUGACGACGGUGUGUUUCACCUUGGUGCUCCUGCUCAGGACAGACCGUUGGCUGAAGUACCUGAGAGACUGCAGCUUCCUGAAGAGCAGGUGCUCCUGGCGCGCAUAGGCCAGGGCUUGGGACGCCAGGAGAAAGAACCGCCUACCCUACAGCAAGAGCUUAUGGAUACCAAACAAGCACUGGCCAUUGCCAACCAGGACAAAGAAAAACUGCUCCAGGAGAUUAGGAAAUACAACCCUCUCUUUGAGCUUUGACAGCAGCUCAGCCACCUGGGGUACGGAGAGAAGAUAUCACCAGCAACAGUGCCACCUAGGACAGGCGCCGCGGAGCCAGCAGGGUUGGGAGCACACAGUUCAUUCCUUGUGUGCUUCCUGCUGGCUGUUUGCCUGGGUGGAGGACCGGGCAGAGCAUGGCUGCAUCCAGGAGCUGGGUGGCUGUGUCCCUGGCCCUGCACCGCGUCUUGCCAUUACAUAGCCCUGUCCUCUGCGCACCUGAGGGGGUCUGCUCUACUGUAGAGCACCUCGUCUCCUGGUCUCAUGGCAGUGGUGUUGGCUUCCUUCAUGGCCUGUGUGAGCAAGUGUCCACCUGGGUCACGCACACAGCCUCCAGAGAGCUUCCUAUGGCAUACCUGAAAGGUCCUUGGCCUGAGUUUGGAGUAGAUCAGGAACUAGCCCGUCCCCAGGGGUUGGGGCAGAGGAGGCCUGCUGCAGUCAGGGCACCGUGGAUUUGCCUAGUUUGGAAUGGGAGCUAGGUGUGUAUCACCCUGGCUGAUGUUCUGGGUCAAGCUUUCCUGUUGAGUGUCUUCAUUGUGAUGCUUUGACUAUGAAGUGGCCAGAUCGUCCUUCCCUGCAUAAGAACUGGUUUGAGAUUUAAAUCAGGACAGUGCUCACCUGCUCCCGAGUGCUCAGCUGAGAGCAGGAUGGGGCAGGGAUACAGUUCUGUUCUCACAGCUGUCCAUAACCGGUCACUUCCUCUCUGUCCCUGAAGUCCUUGGUCACCUGCUUUUCCAGGACUGCUGCGUCUUUCUGCCUGUGCUGACUUAAGCACUUGGUAGUUUGGAAGUUAAAUGCGCUUGCAUUAGGCUUCCGACCUAGCUACACUUAGUUGUGCCCACCUCGCUGUGCUGCCUCACUUCCCUCUAUUACGAUGGCUUUUUAAAUCAUGUGAUUUCAACUUAAGUAAAAACAAAACCAAAGUCCUUCUAGGUUUCCUUCUGGCCCUAUGAAGGUUUCCCCCUUUCCUUCUGGUUAUCAAAGCUUGGCUCUUUGGCGUGCUCUAAGUGCUGUCCGGAUAGACGCACAGCAUCCCUGAUUCUCUUGACUUGGCAGAUGGUGUGUCUGUUGGGAGCUGGUGAUGCCACUGGAGUCCCAAUUAUGGCUGAGGGGAUGAAAGGAGAAGUACCAUCCCAUGUAAAAAUGAACACAUUUAUGGAGGAAUGAGGUCGAGUUUGUUCAGACUUGCAGGAGCCAGUCAUGUUCUUCACUAAGGCAAACUUGAGACCACCACGUCUUACAGGACUGUGGUUUCUUACACUGAGGAGACACAUUACAGAUUUGGGAAUAACAGCUCCUGGAGACAGUUGUUCAUAGGUGAAGUUCCCUCACUCAGAUUUUCAUAAAUGACCCAGAACUUUAAAUGAAGUCAUUUACAUUAGAUGUCAUACAACUUGUAGACAAGACAAUGGAAAGCAAACCUGAAGAGAGAAACAACCAUAAAGCCACAGGGAGGUGAGCAAGGCUGUAAACAGGCAGCACGACAGGACAGGUUGAGCACAGUGGAGGGCCGGGCUGUAGCUCAGUAGAGUAUUUGAGCAGCACAUGUGAGAGCCUGGGCUCACCCCACGAUCACAAACACUGUCACAAAAAUAGAUUGUGUGUAUCUAAACAACUACUACUGCUACUCCUCAGUACUGUCACACUCAGGAAAGACUCCAGAGCCUUGCUGAGGGAGCCGGGUCAGUGUGACACUGUGGCCUAAAGCCCGAGGCCUUCCGGCACCAUGGGAGUGACUUCACCCAGCCACUGGGUACUUCUGUUGUAUUUAUUUAUCUAAGAGAUGGAGAAGAGAAGGGGGGUUCAGAGAACAGAGUGAUCAAGAUGAAGACAUUGUCCUGCAAAGAUAAGUGCUGAGGGGAGCAGGGGACCACACAGUCAAGAGUGGGGUCCCAAUCUUAAAACUAGUUCUGGGGCCCUGUCACUGCCUCAGGGAAAAAGAAAGCACUUUGCUAAUUGGCAGAGUCAGAAACUUGACGGGCUUGUGCAAGAAGCGGCACUUGUGUUUCUAACAUUCUUGGAAGAGAAGGGAGAGCCAGUAACUAGAAAACAGAAUCUUUCAGCCUCAGGAUCACUUGAAUUGGUUUAAAAUCAUAUCCCUUCCUCUGCUGGUCACUGCAUCCUCCACCCUAGGAAAAGAUUCUGACAAAUACUUGGAGUACUUUACCCUCACCCUUGAGCUUGCAGGUGAAACCUAUUUUGUGUCAAGAAUAAUUAAUGCCUUAAUGGCCAGAUUGUAAGGUUUUUGAGCUGAGGCAGUCUGGAGUUCUUUUCCAUGUGCAAAGAGAGAUGUAGAGUUUCGGCUUCCUUUAUGCUUUGGCCUUUUAUGUCUUGAAACCAUCCCUCGGGAAACAUGGUAAGAUUAUUCCAUGGCAUUUCAGUGUCUUGUGAUUCCAUUCCUCUAUUCACUGGGGGGAUGAACUGGAGAGGCUUGGCCAUAAUGAAAACUGGCUGUGUGGAUCCCCAGGGUAAGGGUAGCGGAAAACACGGAGUACGACAGUGCAUUUGCAGUUUAGCUGUGACGCUGCAGUUUGCAAUACGAAAUAAUACCUCAAGAAGACUUCAGGAGGGCCCGCAACACUGUCCCUCAGAGCGUCUAGUCACUGCACAUGGCCCUCAGUUGUAAAACCAGCUGUGUCAUCUGAUUGUCUAAAUUUCCUGUUUACAUGCAUGUGCUGGGCAUAUGUGUUGGUGUGUGAAGACUUAGAGCUGAGUCUGCUAACUGGGCUGCAGAGAUGGCUGUUGAUCUGUCUAACUCAUUUUCAAUUUACUGGGAUGAUUUAACUGAGUCUGAUGGAGCCAACAUGGCUUCUCUUUCCCCAAGAGCUGUUUCCAGUGUUGUUUCCUGCCCGUACCGUGCUGUGGACUGCACUCUAUGUGCUCUGUGCUGAGAGAAUGGGGUCUGUGAAAGGGUUGAUACCACAUCUCACAGACCCUGGAACCAAGUAUCUGCAGUGUCUUCGUGCUUUUCCUUAGGGGCUCCGGAGAUUGUGCACUGCUAAGGCGGUGCGAGGUCUCCUGGGUGGGGGCUCUGUUCCAGACUCUUUCCUUUCAUCUUGAUGCCUAAAUGACCACCCACGAGCAGAGCAACAUCUGGCUGAAACCGUGACAGCUGGGACUAGAUGUAGUUAUGAACUCUUGGAGAUGGGCAAUGCACAGUUGUCUGGGUGACCAGGGCCCUGCAGGUGCCACCACACCUCCAGUCUGUUUCUCCAGGGUAGGUACAGAGAGGGGCUAUUGAUGAAGAGGCAUUUUGCCCCCACGGCAGAGGGAGGAAAUACUUGGUAACUUUUAACAGUGGGGCCUUGCUAAGUGGCCAGGCUUGAGAUCUGAGCUUUCCGUUCUGCUGUUGUGUUUCUACCGUAUCCGGAAUCCUUUAUCAAAGUAGAUAUAGCUCCUGUGUUAAGAAUUUUGUAUUGCAGUUGUGAGGAAAUUUUUUCUGUCAGUUUACUACUUUCUGGCGAAGUUAGCCUGAGUCUUACACGCUUUGUGUGGAGUGCCCCACUGACGUGUCCUCUGCACUGGCUAAGCCAGUGAGUUUCAAUGUAAGCUCUUAAGUUAGAUCAGUCCAAUUACUUGAGUCUGAGCUGUUUCCCUAACUCAGGGUGCUAAAAACAAAAGACUUGCUCAGGAAAGCUUCAGAAGAGAACAGCUUCCAACCCUGCUUCCUGUGACUCAGCAGCACAUGGGAAGCGGGCCAGUGGAUUGCCAACUACAUCAGGUAGCCUUACUACUGCUAAUCACUGUCAAUAAUGUCCUUUCAUUCUCCAAGGAGAGCAGUGAGAACGGAUGCAGUGAACUGAACCUCGGUCAGUAUUGGGAAAGUUUACUGUCGCAAUACCUUAUUAAACUCGAGUGUACUGGUUCUGUGAACCACCUGAAAAGCAGAAUAAAUGAUACUAUUUAACAGUA